AUGACCACACAGUACAAGCGUGCAUCCAUCAGCAGUGUGGGCGGCAAGAGGCGGUCAGGCAGCACCAAGUUUGAGUUGACUGACGAACAAAAGACUGACAUCAAGGAAGCUUUUGACCUUUUUGAUCCCAAUGGCACUGGCACUAUUGACCCCAAGGAACUCAAGGUGGCUAUGAGAGCCCUUGGGUUCGAGCCAAAGAAGGAAGAGAUCAAGAAGAUGGUGGCAGAAAUUGACAAGGACGAGAGUGGCAAGAUCAGGUUUGAGGAGUUCCUGCACCUCAUGACGAUCAAGAUGGCUGAGAAGGACGUCAAGGAGGAGAUCCUGAAGGCCUUCAAGCUGUUUGAUGAUGACAACACUGGCAAGAUUUCCUUUGCAAACCUGAAGCGUGUGGCAGAGACCCUCGGCGAGAACCUGACAGACGAGGAGCUGCAGGAGAUGAUAGAGGAGGCGGAUCGCGAUGGGGACAACGAGAUCAACCAAGAGGAGUUCUUCCGUAUUAUGAAGAAGACGAGCCUCUACUGA